GGGCCCCUCUCUUCUAUGUGAGGUAAUAGGGCCUGAAUAGAUCCAAGAAUUGACGGAGCUGGACGAAGAUGUACGGAAAGACCCGAAUCCCCUCAUCUAACAUGCAUGUAUUAUAUGAUCUGUUUAAGCUCUGCCCUCAAAAGCAGUUGCUCGGUCAAGUGCGCGCGCGCUCCUGUCUGCCUUGUGCACUUUUCAGUUUCUGUUCUGUUGGGUCCAAACGUCCAUCCGCGCGCUCUCUCUGCGCCGCAGCGCGCGCCUCCUCUACCCCCGGAAGAACCAUAUAUGGACCGGCUGGUCCAUUCUGGGAUUGGCUGCUUCUCCGCAGCUCCUGCUCUGUUGCUGGAGGUCUAUUCUUAGAUGAAAUGUGAGAAGUAAUUGCUUUGCAGGUUAUAAAUAAUCAAACAGUGCCUGAAGCGUUGCCACUCCAAUCCGGAGCAGUCUGACACCAAAUCUGCAAAUAAAGCUGGAAAAUCAUCUCUGAUUUCCCACUACAAGUCCAUUUAAGUAUUUGAAGAUUUAUCCAAAUCUGAUUUUCACAAACGGCUGAUGUGAGCUGUAAUGAGGUCGUUGUGAUGAUGGAAAUGAUGCGAUGCAGAUGCUGCAUGCAAGAAAUGACGUAGUUCAUUCAUGGUGGGGGGCUUCUUCUGCAUAAAAGAGGGGGAAGGGGUAUAUUUAUUCAGAUAUUUGCGCUUUUUCUAAAGGAUAAAAAACAGAAAGAGGAUUCAAAUGAGCUGUUGGUCAAGUUUAGAUACCCGGGGAUGACACUGAUGGACACCUGAAAGCUUAAAACGCACGCGAGCCUCUGCGCCCGGCCACUCCGUCUCUCUGUGAAAUGGUUCAGUCUCAGCACAUAGAUUUCAUUCAUAAAAUUCCAGCUCACUAUAAAAGGCGGGCCUCCUCACACUCAUACCAUUUAUGAAGUGGGUAAAUGGAGUAAAAGGAGGCGUUCGGGGAGCAUUUUUCUGCCGCGGGUAAAUGAACGGUGCUGGGUUUUUUGGGCAAUGAUCUCUGAGGAAAAGAUGCAUCCAGACUCUAGCUCUGAGCUCCAGCCAUCCUCCAGCUGCAGCGCGACAUCUCCAGGCGGGGACAGCCCCGGGAGCAGACAGCAUCCUCCUGACUCGCUUUCAUCAUCAGUGGACCAGGACAGUGAUCUGAGCGCAGGAGCCGCCUUUGUUCCGACCGUGACUGCAGUCUCCACGUCCCCAGAGCUGGAGCGGAUGGUGCAGCCGACAGCCAUCACGUCUGCAGCUUUAAAAAACAAAGCCCAGGGUGCAAAGCAGACCCCCGCAGGCUCCAAGAAGGCGAAGCCUUAUAGCAGGAAGGGGCAAAGGGAGCAGCCCUCCAAAGAGGAGGAGGAGAGGAGAAGGAUCAGGAGGGAGAGGAAUAAGAUUGCUGCAGCAAAGUGUCGCAACAGACGGAGGGAGCUGAUAGACACCCUUCAAGCUGAAACUGAUUCUCUGGAAGAAGAGAAGUCUGCCCUGGAAGGGGAGAUAGCCAGCCUGCUGAAGGAGAAGGAGAGGCUGGAGCAAGUCCUAGCCUCCCACAAUCCAACCUGCAGGCUACCUGGAGAUGCCAGUAUGGAGGAGGAUGCUGUUGACUCAAUAAUGCAGGAUCCUCCAGCGUCGCCCCACCUGCUGUCCAUCCUGGAGAAACCCCCAGAGAGCAGCACAGACGUCCCCACAGCUCCAGACAUGGCCAGUGCUUCCUGCAUCCCCGCUGCAGCCAUUCUGGGCAACUCCAACAUCCUGCUCUGCUCCAGUGCAGAAGAGGACGACCUGGAGGACUUGACAGGAGAAGACCUGGACAACUUGGUGCCCAGCCUGGAGAUGGCAGUGACCUCUGAGACAGCUGUGUCUGUCCCUGACAUUGACCUGAGCGGCCCCUUCAGCCUCCCAGACUGGGAGACGCUUUACAAAUCGGUGGCAAACGACCUUGAGUCUUUCAGCCCGUCAGUCGUGUCUUCCAGUCCUUCUUGUAGCAGUUAUCGCACAGUGUUCUCCUUUAAUUACUCUGAGAUUGAAUCCUUGGCUGGCGGCUGCGACAGCGUCAAAGGCGGCCUGGCUGCGUCUGAAUUAAUCAAAGAUAGUCUCAACUCUCCAACACUCCUGGCCUUGUGAACAGACAGAGGCAUAUGCAACAGUUUCUUGUAUUUUAAACAGCCAACAAGCUAUACAUUCUCUCUCAAAUAACCUUUUCUGGUGAUGUGUUGUACACCCAAAGCUUCAGAGGCUGUGCUGAUGUGUUUCCAGCUGAAUUCUUCCAUAUUGUUGUUCUGAGAUGAGACUUUGUGCCAAAUGCAUGCAAAUACCUACUCUAUUUAAGAUUGUGUUCUUAAAAAGAAAUUAACCAGUGGUGUGAAGUUAUAAUAUGUGUGUAACACUGUUGUAGAAGGUUCUAGUGUAGCAGCAUAGGUGUUACAUCUGGCUGUGAGCUGUCUCCUGACUUGACUUGACAUUUAUUUUCGAAUUUUGCCAUGAAAAAAAACCCCACAUGUCCUGUAUUUUCUCAAGAUGUAUGUAUUUUUGACAUAGUUUAUUUUUUUACCUCUAUCAAAAAUGAUGCAGGUGCCAAAAAAAUGCUGGAAAUAAACUAUCUGUAAGCUUUUCUUGUCGUCAUCCUCUCAGGAAGACAAAAUAAAAGAGCCACGCAGCAGCUGGA